UGAAAGGACAUUUCCCAUUUCGUGUAGAAUCGUUCCGGAGAUUUCGAAGUGAAAGGUUUCAUUUCCCUCUAAAAUAUUUCUUCAGCUCAGAAUAUUCCUCUGCCGGUAACCCCUGUUUUUUGUUUGGUGCAUAUGCCUGUGAAUCUGUGAUUCAACUUCUCUAGAUACUCUAUACAUACCCUAUAUGUAAAUGCGCCGGCCGAUCUCCUUCAAUACUCGGAGCAUUUGAAACAAGAUUUUCCGGCCAAGCUAACAGUCGACAAUAUGCGAUCUCACACUUUAUCUGCCUCAAAUUUGGACGCGAAUUUCUCACGUCUAUGUUUCUCUCAAUCUGUUAAACGCUCUCCUCCUUCCAAGCCUUCCCGCUUCUGCGUUUCAUUUUUUCAAGAGAGCUUCACAGUAAGAUCUUGUUUCAACCUAAAGAUUCCUAGAGUUAAUUCUCAGCACUGUGAACUUUGUUGUCGGAAUAGGAUUGUGCCUGUUCGCCUCAUGGGUGAGGACUUUGAUUUUUCAACUGAUGACUGGGGGGAGAGUGAUGGGAUCAUUGGAUAUGGGGAUUAUGGGAUCUCAUCAAGUGAAGGUGAAGAAAGUGAUGGAGAAACUGUGUUACAACCAACGUCUGAUGUUGACUUGCCUACCACGAAGGAGAAAUCAUAUCCUGCUGAUGACUCCAUAACUGUAACUGCUCACAGGCUGACAAUGCUAGGCAGAACACGGAGGAGAAGAAAGAUUAGGCAUGGAAUCCUAAACAAUAUUGGUCUUGUGACAUUCUCAACAUUGCUGCUCUUCUUAGUGGACUGCUGUGCUUGGAAAGUAGUCAGAUUACCCUUGGCACCAUUCUUUAUGAUGCGCCCCUUUCUCAUAUCUGCAGUUGCAGUGUCUUGCGUAGGCUAUGUAUGUGUUCCAUUGUUUCGUACAUUAAGACUUCGCUCUCUAAUAAGGAGAGAGGGGCCUGCGCAACACUCUGCUAAGAAAGGCACCCCUACAAUGGGUGGAUUAUAUUUUAUACCCAUUGGUGUACUUGUUGCAGACAGUAUACUAGGAUUUUCUUCUGUGGAAGUUUUGGGAGCAUCUGUAGCAACUCUUGCAUUUGCUACAAUUGGAUUUCUUGAUGAUUUAGUAAGCCUCAAGAAUAACAACCGUGGUUUAUCUGCUUGGAUUAGAAUUCUCUUGGAGGUAGCUGUAGGAAUAUGGUUCUCCUUUUGGUUGAACACCACAGACAUAUCAUCACCUUACAGCAUGAAAGCAGUGGUUCCUCUGCCUGCACCCCUUGGUCUGGUCUGCCUGGGAAGGUUUUAUCCAAUCCUGACUUGUUUUUGCUUUACUUCCAUGGCAAAUGGAGUUAAUCUUACAGAUGGUCUUGAUGGAUUGGCUGGUGGUACUGCUGCAUUGGCAUUUAUUGGAAUGUCAAUUGCAGUCCUUCCAAUAUGUCCUGAUGUCGCGAUAUUUGGAGCAUCAAUUGCAGGAGCUUGUGUUGGUUUUCUUAUGCAUAAUCGCUACAGAGCAUCAAUAUUCAUGGGGGAUACUGGAUCUUUGGCCAUCGGGGGAGCCCUAGCUUCUAUGGCUGCUGUUACUGGAAUGUUCUUCCCAUUGUUUAUUGCAUCUGGAAUCUUUGUUGUGGAAGCGCUAUCUGUUGUGCUACAGGUGUCAUUCUUCAAGGCAAGCCGAAAGUUUGUUGGAAAUGGGCAGCGUUUGUUUCGGAUGGCACCAUUUCAUCACCACCUGGAAUUGUGUGGGUUGCGAGAACCGGUUAUUGUGGCCGGAGCAUACAUUGUUUCAUGCAUCUUAGGCUUGUAUGCGGGAUAUGUGGGUCUUAUUUCAGUGUAACCAAGUGGUUUUCUUUACCU